UUUACAGAUAAGAUCGUGUGUUCUUCACUUAUAUUGACGACAUGAGAACACUUCUGUUUAUAGGAGUGAUUAUUCAAGCUAUUUUGAAAGGCACUAUUGGACAGCAAUCAGGUCAAUGUGGUGUACAGACAUAUCAACCUCACACGUGGCCUGUAAACGGAAAAAGUUCUAAAAUCAUUGGUGGUAGAGAAGCCGUUCCACAUAGUUGGCCUUGGCAGGUUGUUCUCAAAUUUAGAAAUCAUCCAUUGUCAUGUAGUGGUUCCUUGGUGAAAAUUAACACCACAGGAGAAAUAGUCGUGUUGACUGCUGCACAGUGUGUUGAUGGAACUCUGCCUAUAGAAUGGACAAUAGAUGUUGGAGUUCAUUCACGAUCUGCACAAGAACAAUAUCAGAAAACUUAUGAUGUAAAACAAAUAAUUUCACACCCAGAAUACUCCCCAUUUCUGCUACACAAUGAUAUUGCCAUUGUGAGACUAUCGACACCCGUAGUUGAAAAUGAGGCUGUUGCUCCUAUUUGUGUGACAUCAUUACCAAGUAUCGACUUCUAUGGAAGCAAUUGUGUAGUGACUGGAUGGGGCGCUACGUCAGAAGGUGGAUCAACAUCAGAUAGAUUAAAAGAAGUAUACAAGCCAGUAUUGACGGAUACAGAAUGUUUACUCAAUGUCGGAGGAACGUUUAAUUCCACAACCAUGCUGUGUGCCGGAUUUGUACAGGGUGGCGAAGGGACAUGCACAGGUGAUGACGGAGGUCCGUUAGCAUGUAAGAAUGUAAAUGGUCAAUGGGACCUCAUUGGAAUAGUAAGUUGGGGAUAUUUAUGUGCACGUGAGAGUUAUCCGGCAGUAUACACAGAUGUACAUCACUUUCUAGAUUGGAUUGGAAAUAGUACACUAAUUUAAAAAUCAUUUAAAGAUU